AUGCAAUAUUUGCACCAGGAAGCUGUUUCUGGAGGAGGAGGACAACAUUUAUUUGCCCCAAAAGAAUGGGAAUUGUUUACUGGUGUUUCACAAUUACCUUCUGAAAAUGUAGGAGAAAAUAAUAGUCAUUUAUCCCAAAUUGGAUGGCUGUCAGAUUAUCGUGAUAAGAAACAAGCAAUUGAACUUAUUCGAACACAUUUGCCUUCUCUUUUUCAGCAAAUGCAGAUUAAUGACCAACAGGCUUGGGCUGGUUUUAUGAAAUCAACUGAAUGUGAAAAUGCAUAUCCUCCUAGUAUUAAUUCGCGUCUUAGUGAUUUUCAGAGAGUUUUGAUUAUCCAGGCUCUCCGCCCAGACCGUCUCCAUGCAGGAAUAAAUCGUUUUGCAUCAAAAGUUCUUGGAAUAGAAUCUCUAAGUUCGCAACAUUUGGAUUUACUUGCUCUACAUAAAGAAGAACCUCCAUCUCGUCCAAUUCUUUUGUUAGUUUCCCCAGGCUCUUCUGCUGAUCCUAGUGCUGAAUUAAUUGAAUGUGCUAAACAACAACAAAGAAAAUUUCAUCAAAUGGCUUUUGGCCAACCUGGGACGGAAUCUAUUGUUUUACAAAUGCUUAGACAAUGUUUUAAGGAUGGGGAUUGGAUUUGUUUAAGCAAUGCACAUUUAUCUACGCCUUCAUUACUUGGGAAAUUAUUAGUAGAAAUCUCGUCAACAAUUGGCCAGUCAAAUCCAAGUAAAGGUGAAUUUCGCCUUUGGCUUACAGCCGAACCCGAAGAACAAUUGCCUGGAGUAUUUCUACAAACUUGUGUAAAAAUUACAUAUGAGACACCCCCCGGCAUUAAACAAAAUUUGGAACAAAAUUAUUUUGGCCAAGAAAUGGAAAUUGCACCGAAAAGUUUAUCUCAUCUAAAGGCCAAUUUUCUUUUGCAUUGGCUACAUGCUGUUAUACAGGAAAGAAGAAAUUUUAUUCCACAAGCGUGGUUAAGAUUUUAUGAAUUUUCUGGUGCUGAUUUGCGUGUAGCUAAAAAUUCAUUGGAUACACUUUUUGCAAAAAAUACAUCAAAUUCAGACCCUCUUAUUUACUGGGAACGAUUUCGUGGACUUAUGUCCAAUGCUCUAUAUGGAGGAAGAAUUGAGGCUGAAUUAGAUAAUCGAAUAUUAUCGGCUUUUCUUUUAGACUUGUUUAAUCCUUCAAUAAUUGAAGGGAAAGAUGGGAAUGUUGAAUUGGCAAAUGGAUUGAAAAUGCCUAAUUUUGGGAGACAUUCGGAAUAUAUUCAUUGGGUAGAAACAACACUUCCUGUUGUUGACAGAGCCGAAUUGUUAUACCUUCCAAGAAAUAUUAUGCUUUCCUGGGAUUUGUCCCAAAGCACUAAUGUUAUUUCCAAACUUCGACUUCUUUUUACUUCUAAAGAAACUUUUCAACGUUUACAAACAACUUCAAGUGGUGGCCCUGCUGCUAUUGCUUCUAGACAACAAUUGGCAGACGCUCUUAACCCAUUGUUGGGAUUGUGGAAAAGAUUGAAUCAACAAAAUCCUGGCCUCUUACAUGCAGCUGCUGAACAGAAGAAUCAGAGACCAAUAUCGGCAGGACAGGAGCUAAAAGAAACAUCACCAUCAUUUGGACGACGUACAGGCGAUGAUCCUCUUGCCGAAAUUUUACAUUUAGAGCUUGUAUUUGCUCUCAAAUUGAUGCAAUUUAUACAUACUUCUUUAUCUGCUUUAAGUCGAGCUAUCAAAGGCACUCAACUACCAGAAAAGCGAAUAGUAGAAAUGGCAAAGGAAUUGAUGCAUUUUGAAGUUCCUUCUGCCUGGGAUGCCCUUUGGAGUGGUCCACCCGUUCCCAGUCAAUAUUUGGAAAUUCUUAUUUCUAAAGCAAAAAGUACACAGUUAAUGCUUUCUUCAGCACGGUCAAAUCAACUUCUUGGUUCUCGAGUUAAUUUGGCUCAUCUUCUCAGACCUGGCACUUUGUUAAAUGCUUUUAGACAAUAUUCAGCAAGAAAAUUAAAUGUUAGUAUGGAUGAAUUAAUUUUAUCAACAAUCUGGCAAAAUGAUCAAAAUAGUAUCUCACAACCAAACGAUAUUCCAACUUUAACACUUUCGAAUUUACGCGUACAGGGUGCAAUAUUUGAUGGAAAGGAGCUUAAAUCAGUUACUGCAAAUACUCCUUCAUUCACUGAGGCACCCGCUUUGAAAAUUUUUUGGAGAAAAGAGGAAAUAGGGGAGCAAACACAAUUUAAAGACAAACAACAAUUAUCGUUGCCAUUAUUUUCUGACCUAGAUCGACGUGAAAUGAUAUUUCAAGUGGGCGUUACAUGUCCAAUAUCUUUACAAAGUUCUUGGAUUUUGGCAGGAGUUGCUUUUUUCUUAAGCCAAAAUUAA